UCUCUGUUUGCCGCUGCCCAAAUUCCUAGGUGGCCUCUCUGUUUUAUUCUAUUUUUUUUUUACAAUCAGUUGUAGAGUAGACCAAAUGUUGAUUGUUUCAUGAGUGCGACUUUGCGGCGUUUAUCGUGUAGUUUCUAUGUUUUUGUAAAGUAUUUACAUUAAUUUACAUAUUUUUUGUGUGAGUUUGUGUAUGCAAAUAGAAGAUAAUGGCUGGAGGCGCCUUCAAUAACGCGGUGAUAAGGUUGGAUACCAAUCCAACGGGAGUAUUUUACUCUGGCCAGGAGGUAGCAGGCUCUGUAAUAUUUUACCUGGAACAUCCAAUCAAGUUUUCUGUAAUUUAUAUGCAAUUCCUUGGUGAAGCAAACUCCUUUUGGACAGAGAGCGAAAUUGAGACAGUAAAUGGUAUUGAGAAACAUAAGCUGGUCAAGUAUGUUGGACGUGAAGAAUAUUUCAACUUCAACCAGGAGCUGGCUGGAGGAGGCGGAGCAGGUGUCUCCCACCUCCCUGCCCAUGGCCAGUCAUUUCCAUUUAAAUUCCAAAUUCCUUUCGAAGCGCCAUCAUCGUUUAAAGGCGAACGUGGCGAAGUGGUGUAUUCCAUGACGGCAAACUUGGUAUUCGCUGAUCCGUCGCUACAGAACGAAUCAGUGACGAAACAUUUUACUGUUGUAGCGCCGUUCGAUCUGAAUAUGGGCAGUCCUAAAAUUAGGCAACCCAUAGACAUCGAAUUCGAGGAAGUAUACGGCUGCGACUGUUUCUGCAGUCCAGACCCCAUGACCAUCCGCGUGAGGCUGCCGAUAUCCGGCUACUGUCCCGGGCAAGUCAUACCCGUGGCCGUCGAGGUGGACAACGAGAGCAGCGUCGAAAUUACUAAGAUAACAUUCCAGUUGUUUUCGAAAGAGCUAUACCGCAGCCACCGCCCCCAGUCGGAGUACAUAAUGCCGGAGAAUAUUCUGGUAACGGAGAAGAAGGGGCCGGUAAUGGGCCACAGUAAGAAAAACUUCACCUACGAACUGAAGGUGCCUGAUAUGAUCGCGCCUUUCCUCGAGAACUGUGGCAUCAUCGAUGUGGGCUACUUCUUCAGGGUAAUAAUAAAACUGUCAGGCUGCCACGACGACUUGCAAGAUGACGCUGAAAUCUGUCUCGGAUUAGUUCCGAUACGAGAGUCCAUCAACGGCGAGUAUGUCCAUCCUAUGGCCGACCAGCUUCCUACAGGACCAAUACCUGAUCGUGUUAGGGACUCCUUAGCUCCCCCACCAGUCGCUGCAGGCUUUAGAGGCUCUAAUACCAGUCUUCAAAGAGUUCAAUACAAUCCUGCUGAAAGUUCUUACCCAACCAAUCCACAGGCCCCGUAUAAUCCAGCUGGAAAUUCAUACCCGAAUAACCCACCUCCUUACCCAAGCGUGGUUAACAAUUACCCAACAGAACAUAGUUUCCAGACUCCUGUGUCCAUAGAAAUGAAACCGUAUCAGGAUCUUCAUAUCGGUUUCAAAUCAGAUGGGUCGCCUUACCCGGGCAGUGUGCCAGGGGGAAAUCCACCUUCUUAUAUGUCCGCUGUGCCCCAAGCACCUUAUCCAACAGUGAAUGUUAUGGCCGGGGGACAACCGCCUUAUCCUACGGGUAAUGUAGUCCCCGGGGUUCAUGGUGCUCCGUCACAGCCCCCGUACCCGACGGGGGGUUACAAUGCUCCCUCGUCUUACCCGGGCAAUGUACCCGGGGGUAAUACUGUUACUCCAUAUGGGCAAGGGGGUUACACGCCAUCUGCGCCGCCCCCCACUGACUAAGCAGGCUUAGAUGUCCAGAUGUCGUUAUGCAGUUGAUUUAUUACCUGAUGCGCUUUGAUUUAUUAUAAUGUCAUUUGAUAUGCUUCAAAGAAUGUAUUAUUCAAAACUUUGAUCCAUGUUCCAAGCUGGAUUUGCAAGGACCCUGACCAUGAAAAAAACAAGACGUAGCUUUUAAAAUAUUCAGAAAAGUUAUGCCUAUUAAUAAUUUACGAUUUAAUUGCGAUUACGAUAUAAACCAAUCGCAUGCUUAUUAAUAAACUGACCUAACGUGGAAAACAACUUUUUAUCAGCUGCAAAAACGGCAUUGUUUUGUAGCAGACAUAUAUAGACUUAUAAACUGCAACUCGUUCUAUAAAUACAAAAGCAAGUAUACAGAAAAGUUCGAAAUAAUUUAGAUUUAUUAUUGAGCAUGCGAGAAUAUUCAAAUAUUGUUCAAACAUUAUUAUUUUGAUAAAAGAUGUUUACUUAGCCAUAAGAGGCAAUGUUUUGUUAUAAAUUGACCAUAAAUGACGCGCAAAAUAUAUUAUUUAAUAGUACUAAAAGUACCUACUUAUGUUUUUUACAAAUAUUUUUAAGUAAUCACUUAAGUGACACAUACAGUUUUCUACCUUAUAUUGUUAUGCAUUUAUAAUAAACAUUUUGUACAAGUAUACUCGUAUAAGAUUUAGGUAAGAUUGUAAUGUCCAAUAUUUAAACUAUUUGACUUAA